CACUCAGAACUUCCGGAACGAUCUUCAACAUUCUGUUUCUGGAAACUUACUUCUUCAUAAGCUCCAUCUUGCUCACCAACCAUGAGUGCCUGGAGCCAUCAGAAUUACACCACUGAGGUAGAGGCCACGAUCGAUCGCCUGAUCAACAUGCAUCUGGAGGCCUCAGAUAGGUAUCUCUCUCUGGGAUUCGUUUUCAAAGAUGACAGCUCCGUGGCAGGCCUGGUUCACUUCUUCCGAGAUCUGUCUGAAGAGAAGCGUCAGGCUGCCUAUCUACUCCUGAUGCAAACUCGACAGAGCGACUACGGCCACUUCUCUAAUGGGCCCACGGUGCCCUCAUAUCAGUGUGAUGGGAGCCUGGAUGCUAUGGAAACUACCUUGGCCUUGGAGAAGAACCUGAACCAAGUCCUUCUGGAUCUGCACGCCCUGGGUUCAUCCAACGGAGACUUCCAACUCUGCCACUUCCUGGAGAAGCACUUCUUAGAGAAGGAGAUGAAUCUCAUCAAGAAGAUUAGCGACUACCUGACCAGCCUCCGCCAGCAGGUCAACGAGGAGGAAAGCCUGAGUGAGUGUCUCCUCAAAAGGCUCACACUGAACAGCGACUAGGGACACUUGGAGUCCAUGGCCGGUGGCCUUGAGGCGUUGCCUCUGUUUGCUGAUAGCUUCUUGUCCAGCUCAGUACCAUCUGCUAAAGCCACAUGCCAAAUAGAAACAAAGUUUCUUUGCAUAGACAAAAACAGCUAAUUUGGGGUGGGCUGAAGGAUUUGUUGUCUGACAGUCUCUGGCAGUGUUAAGUAAGCCGUUCUUUUCUGAAACCGUGUUUGGUCUGUCCAAAAACCCGUAAUAAUUCAUAAAAAUUGUAUGCAGUCUUAGUGGUGGUGGGAUUUGAACCAAUUCUGGCUGCUGGACUGUGCUCCAGCUACAUUCUAAAAUGUACGGUUGAUUUUUGUCUCAGAAAAAGUGAACUGACUAUCUGGACUACAUCAUACUGUAUCCCUAACCCCCAACGUACCAUCAGUUACCAUCUAAUUGCUUUUCUUGAUCCCCAAGUUGAUGUGAUGCCAUCCGCGCUUACUCGAGGGAACCCGAGAAGCAACAACCCCAUGAAAGUCAUCGUGGUAGCUCUCUAGGUUUGCUGCUGACAAUAUCUACUAUACACUGACCUCUCCAUGAAGAUUCUCAAGAUAAACUUUGGAGUGGACUUAUGACUAGAACUAGUGCUUCCACUUGGUAAUUGGCUUGCUUUUCCUUUAUGGACACGAUCAGUAGAUCGAAGUUCCCUUUUCUGAUUGCCUGCUGAACCUCUUAGGGCUGGCUAACUUUGCAAUCCAGAUAAGAGUAAAUAAGUAAGGCUGCAUAAGCACUACUGUGUGUUACAUCGUUUACUAAUGUGUCUGUGUGUUAUGGAUUCUAUUAUGUUAAUAUUUCUAGACUGCAACGGAGAACAUGUAGCUGAAUAAACAUUGUCACUGCA